GUCUGAUCUGCAGAAAAUAACCAGACCUCCAUCAACUCAGGAAGAGCAGGGGUUGAAUAUGAAGGGGUCCUUUAAGAAGGUUCUGGAUUUGAGUUCUGGAGACUCUCAUAAUGCUGGAAUCAUGCCAAUAACCUUCGUUAGACAGGUCCUAUGAGUUGUUAAUUGUUGCUUAAAUAAGUGAUGUAUUGAAUAUAUGAUCACUGACUGAAUUACAAAUGAGUACAGUGUGCCCUGCACUUUGAUUUUGUGGAACAGGACGUCCUGUUAUACUCGCAUGGAAACAGGCUCUGUGGACUUUCUUAAUGCACAUUGCUGGGUUUAUUGUGAAUGAUUCAUCAGUGCACAGUGAACACAGUGUUUCUCAUCAUAAUAUUUUAUAAAGUUUAUAAAACAUGCUCUGAAACAAUUUUCCUUUUAAAUCAAGCCUCGUUGCUUUCUUCUUGUGUCUGUGAGGUCGCAGCUGGAUGUGCGUAUCCCAGAAUCCUGCAGGGCGACGCUCUUCCUCCUGACGCUCGUCUCAGAGUUCAGAAACUCCUCAGUCACUUUGAUGGAGGCAGUAUCGGUGAGAGUCUCUGUGUGUUUGUGGCAAAAUGUUCGUACACUGAGUCCUGUGGCUCGAUGCACUUGAGAAACACUGUAGCAAAGUUCAUUUCUCUGCGGGACGGAGGUGUCCUGUCCAGUCCAGAGCAAGUCUUCAUCACUGUUGACACCCAGAGAGCUUUGAUGGUGAUGCUGCGGCUGCUGUGUCAAUCAGAGGGCGUGUCUGCGGUUAUGAUCCCAGACCCCGCCCCUCACACUCUGACACGCCUCCUGGAGGGGAUGGAUGUGGUUCCGGUGACCUAUCAGCUGCAAGAGCAGAGUGGGUGGAGCGUGGAGAGGGCGGAGCUAAACAGAGCCAUCCAGGCUCCGAGAGGGCGGUGCUUUCCAAAAGCGAUUUACAUCAGUAACCCUGGCAACCCUACAGGGCAUGUUCAGAGCAGGGAGUCCAUUCAGGAUGUGAUCCGCUUUGCUGCAGACGAAGAGCUUUUCUUGUUGGUCGAUGAGGUUUCUCAGGACACGGUUUUCGCAGACGGCUCUGAGUUUGUGUCGUAUAAGCGUGUUCUGGCUGAGAUGGGCCAACCUUAUUCUGAUAGAGUUCAACUGGCCUCGCUGCAUUCGCUCUCCAACGGCAUCAUGGGAGAGUGUGGUUUCAGGACGGGGUUUAUGGAGCUGGUGAACGUUGAUGAAGCUGUAAUGUUCUUCACUGAGGUUCUUCUGACGGGAGAUCUGUGCCCUCCUGUGAUUGGUCAGAUCGCUCUGGAUGUCAUGGUUGAUCCGCCCCGUCCUGGAGAACCUUCCUACAGUUUAUACACACAGGAGGUGGCGUCUCUGCUGAUGAUUCUGAAGUGUAACGCGUCCAGGGCUGUCGAGUUCAUUAAUGAUCUUCCAGGAUUCAGCUGUCAGUCAGUUCAGAGCGGAAUCUUCAUCUAUCCACACCUGACUCUUCCUCACACAGCACUGACACACUCACAGUCUGUGGGGUUGUUGUACAGCAGGAGGUUGUUGGAGGAUCAAGGUGUGUGUGUUGGGUUCAGUGAAGAUCACACACAUUCACGGAGCUGCUGCCACUUCAGGCUGUGUGUGCUGAUGCCAUCAGAGGAACUGGAGGAAGCUCUCCAUCGCCUUCGAUGUUUUCACUUUCAUUUCCUUAAAGAAUUCUGUGAUACUGGAGAAACAGUCGGUGAACCACAAAAGAGCAUUUAAAUAAGUUUCAUGAAUGCACAAAUUCAUAUACAGAUGAAACUGAACUUGGGUUGGGUUGUUUUUUUUCUUUCAUCAUCAUAAAACAGCAGCAUAACCUAUCUGUUAUAGUUUAGGUGUUUGAUAAAAUUACACAAACCAGUUUCAAUUCAAA